AUGAUGGUUGUAAGCUUGCGGCCAUACCUUGCUGCAGCUUUAGGCAUGUGUGCGCGUGGUGAUCAGGGUCUCAGUGGCGGCGGCAUCUUCAUGAAGAUUCAGGGUCAAAGUGGUAAGAUGACCUUUGCCACAUCAGAACCCAUAGGAUCAGCGCACGAUAGGGUGCAGAUCCAAAUGGUGAGCCUGGAGGAACUCGCAGAAGACGGCACGGUGGUGGGUCGCGGCGGAUCUGCCAAGCACUCCUUCAACAGCUUUGCCACGCAGUCAUUUACAUUCGGCGCUCCUAUGGCAAGGACCAUUACAGGAGUAGAGCGAGAUGUUGCUGCAGCCAACGGUCUCAUCCCGGACAGCCCGAAUGGAGGAUACAUCGCCGCCGAGUACAAUGUAACCACAGUGUCCUUCACAAGCUACCUGGGAAGCGGAAACCCAGCGACAGACUCGAAGCUUGAGAUUGAAUCCAUCAUCUUCAAGGAGAACGCAAUCCUGAAGUUCCAAAACCCUGAUGGAUCAUUCAUCUACCCUGCAGUCGCCGAAGGAACGCUGAAAUUCAAUAUAAGGAUGAGCCAGUGGAAUUGGUGCGCAAACAACUGCAAAUCUUCAGAUGGAGUAGGCGAUUCCGUGCGCUUGACGAUUGAGAUGAUCAAUCAGGUAGUCGUCGAGGCCGACUCAGAUGAUGAAUCAGCUGAUGCCACGACAAAUUCCUCAAAGAGCUUACCUGACUGCUCGAGUGGUGCCUGUGAGAACGGCGCUGUUGAGGAUUUGGGUGGGGUUUUCCUGUCCGUGCUCAACACCUACAUGAUCCAAGCUCCAGACGGCACGGUGACGCAGUUCACGUUGCCAAAGAAUCCCAGUCUUACAAUCGAUCCGCCUCCCAGCACGAAGGGCGCAGACAAGCGCACAACCACCUUACUGCUCGAGUUCCCACGUGCUAACUUUGCGGCGCAUGACACGCUCAUCUACGAUCCCAUUCUAAGCUAUGAAAGCAUCGAUGAUGCGAGCGCAGCUGGCACAAGCAGCGGAGAUGAACCGAUCAGUGGAGACAGUGGAGAUGACACGGACGCCACCACUACCAGCACAGAUCCAACCUUCCAAGAUGGCACCACUACCACCACCACCACCACCACAACCCCCACCGCCGGAGAUGAUUCCGAUGGGGUCACAACCAGCCAAGAUAGCACCACUACGGCCGGAGAUGAUUCAAAUGACACCACGACCAGCCAGGAUGGCACCACAAGCAGCAGAGAGAGCGUCCAGCCAGUUAGCCAUGGCAACAGCGCCUAUCAGGUCUACCAUAGCCUGUGUAUCCUAAUGCUGCUGGCUGUUUGA